CAUUGCCAGCGAGCAGAGACCGCGUUAAUAAUACGAAUAUAGCCCUUGUAUAUUCGCUUUGGGAAAACAGAUCUUGCCACCGCCAUGGCUUACGAUCCCACGAACGACGUCGAUCGACUCUUCGCUUGCUUCAAGUGCGGAAUCUCCACUCCUGAAUCCGCACUGAAAGAAAGGAAAUCCUGGCUGGAGAGAUCCAAGACAGCGAGCUUGGCGAAAAGGGGAGCCUCUCCAGUGGCCGAAUUGGUGACACCGACCUCAUCUAGGCAAGAUGAGCAGGUUUCACCUAAUAAAGAGGAGCCUGUUGUAUCAACAUCUGUUGCAAUUAAAUCUAAUAAAAGCAAGCAGAUCUCUCCAAUUGUCUUUUAUGGUUCCCCACAUGGUGCUCCAGUAAAAAGGCCAUCACAAUUAUUGCGGUUAUUACGUGAAAUUCAUGUUGAUCUCAGAGAGCAGAAUAGUCUGAUCCCCAGGAAGGAGGUCUGGGCUACUUUUCCUAGACAAGAUGAGGCAAUGAGAUUCUGUAAUACACAUGCACAUGCUAAUGUGUUUAGUUAUCAAGAUCACUUAAGUGGGCAAAGACGAUUUCUUGUGUCUACAUAUGAUGAGUUCUGGAGAAGGUACAAAAACAUGGAUUCCAAAUUACGUCACCAUUAUGAAGUUAUUCAAGAGGGUGUUCCUUGCCACUUGUAUUUUGAUCUGGAAUUUGACAAGAAGAUCAACAAUGAUAGAAAUGUAGAUGAAAUGGUAGACACCUUGAUAUUUAUCACUUAUAAAGUCUUAUUUGAGAAAUACUUUAUACAAGGAAAUGAAGAAUGGGUGGUAGAGCUUGAUUCAUCUACCAAAGAAAAAUUUUCGCGUCAUUUGAUCAUCCGCAUUCCAAAGACUGCCUUUAAGGACAACUCACAUGCUGGUGCAUUUGUUUCGGAGGUAUGUUCACGUAUUGCAAGUUUACGGGGAAGUGAUCCACAGUCUGACAAAUUGUACACUAGGAAAGACACGAGCUGUCCUGAAUCCUUGUGUCAGCUUUUUUUGGACACUGCUGUUUAUUCUCGAAAUCGUUGUUUCCGUCUAGCUUUCUCAUCAAAAGCUGGAAAAACUUCUUUCCUGAUGCCCACUGGACGUUUCAAAUGUAGGAAUAUGAGCAAGCAGCAGGUGUUCAUGGAAUCCCUCAUCUGCAGAAUGGAUGUUGAUUGCGAAAAACUUCUAAAAUGCAAAAUGGAUUUAGAUUGCAACAAAAUCUUGUUCUUUGAUUUUGAGGCUCAUGAAACUAAUUCAAAUGCCCACAAACUCACAUACUUCUCAGGAAAGUCGCCAUUUCCAGCUUUGGAUGCAUUUGUGGAAUCUAUUGCCUCUAUUGGAAAUGUUCCAGGUUGGACUGUUUUUGCAUUUGCUAUGAAGAAUUCGGAGUGGUAUUGGUUUUCAGCAUGUGGUUUUGAUGGUCUAUAUUCAGUCAUGUACAUCAUUGAUUUUCAAAGGGCUGGCUAUUACCAGAAAUGCUAUGACCCUGAUUGUAGAGGAUACCGUUCUCCAUCUGUACCAUGGGAUGUGAUUCCUGACAGCAAGGCACUAUUCAGUUCAGUAAAUACAGAAAAUUGUAGGGAGAUUAUGGACAUAGGUUUCAAUACUCAGUUUGAUGGAAAAGCAACGUGUGAUAAUGGUAAGUGGAUUACUGACAGCUGCAAGAAGGACAGCAGCUGGUGGCAAGAAGCCAUGAGAUAUGCUGACUGCAUUGAGAAAAUGAGAAAUGCAGCUGAGUUAAGCAAAUUGGAGGACAUGGGUGAAGAUUGUGAAUGGUGGUUGGAUGCAGAAAGGUUCAUAAAUCAAGUUGAAGAUAUAAUUGAUCGGUAA